AUGCUACCUGAGAAUGCUAACGAAGAUGGGUCUCCAAAUCCUCCCAACCCUCGUCGGUCUUCCGCUCCCAUUGCUCAAGCCGCCCCCAGGGACGAAGAAAACAGAAACGACACCAACGAGGCACAGCAGCCCCAUCAGAAUCUCUCUCCCACCCAACACCAAACCACCACCCAUCAAACUGACGAAGAAGCUGCGCUAGAAAGACAAGCCGCCAUCCUCGUACGAAAGCUCCGCCACGACGCCGCCGAGCUGGCGAACAGGCCUCAGCCAGCCGGCAUCGACGACCUGCUGCCCGUGAUCGAGCUGCACCGCAAGGUCGCCCGCCUCGUGCGUCCCGACAACAGCGCCGGGCGCCACAAGUGGGAGCAGGUCCUGGACACGCUGGGCCGGUCGCGGAGCGCGCACGAGGAGAUCCGCAACCUCGACCGCGAGGACCGCGAGGACUGCGAGAAGAUGAGGGAUGAGUGUGCGAAUAUCCGGCGGAAGUGCGUUCGGUACUGCAAGUGGUAUGAUAAAGUCCAGGAGCAGGUCAAUGCGCUCUUUGACGAUGAUGAUGAUGAUAAGAACGACAAGGGUGAGGGCGAGGGUGAAGAUGAUGAGGACGAGGAUAUUGCGUCGACUGAGCUGUAUGAUUUCGUGCGGGGCUCGAUGGGGGAGCAGGAGCAGCAGUUGGAGGAGAUCUUGGACGAGGUGACGGAUGUGUUGCAGGGGAUUGACGAUCGGGUGGCUUGGCUGGAUGGGCAGGAGGAGAGGUCGAUGGGGGUGAUUCGGGGCUUGAGCCGGUUGGAGAGGAUGGUGGUGGACAUCUUGUUUUCGUAUGACUGCUGGUUUGGGGAGGAGGAUGAGUGA